AUGCUUCAACAGUUGGACUUAACUAACAACAAGAUAAGUGGUAAUAUUCCAAAUGAGAUUGGUGCUCUCACUAAAUUACAAUCUUUGGACAUGAGUGUGAACAACUUAAGUGGCAAUAUUCCAAAAGAGAUCAGUGCUCUUACUAAUUUACAAGCUUUAGGUAUGAGUUCCAACGACUUUAGUGGCUACAUGCCAAGAGAAAUUGGGAACUUGACAGUGCUUCAAACGUUGUACCUUAGUACGAACAAGUUAAGUGGUCCUAUUCCAUCCACCUUUUGGCAUCAAUCAGGGUUGGUUGAUUUGGCACUAGGUUCCAACAACUUAAGUGGAGAGAUUCCACCAUCCAUUUGCAACUUGAGAUCCCUUCAAGUACUUUAUUUAUCAGACAAUAAUUUGGAAGGAUCAAUUCCAGAUUGUAUGGGAAAUUUGAGCACAUCUCUAGUAAUCCUCCCUUUGAAUGAAAAUAAACUUAGUGGCCUCAUCCCAUCAUCAACAUUCACAAAGGGUUGUAGUCUUCAGUCAAUCAAUCUAGAUGGAAACAAAUUGGAAGGAACACUACCUCAAACCCUAGUCAACUGCCAGGAUCUCCAGGCCAUCAACAUUGGUGAUAAUGAAAUACGAGAUGUGUUUCCCGUUUGGAUGGAAACACUCCCUCUACUUCGCAUCUACAUCUUGAGGUUAAACAAGUUCGAUGGUGCGAUAUUGGGAUCUUCAAACACGGAGAAUCCAUUUCCAAAGUUGCAAGUCUUGGAUGUAUCACAUAAUGUGUUUGUUGGCUCUCUACCUGAUAGAUAUUUCAAGCACUUUCGAGGAAUGAUAGAUUCCAAGGAAAACUAUACUGAUGAUGAAGAAAAUUUGUUUGUAGAAUCCAUAUCGUUGAUUCUCACGUUGAAAGGAUUGGAUCAGUUAUUGGAGCGACUACUAACAACUUUUACGAUUAUCAACUUAUACAACCAUCUCUUGGAGGGACAAAUACCUCAAUCUAAUCAACUUUCGACAUUUGGGAACGAAUCAUAUAUGGGAAAUGCAGGAUUGUGUGGGUUUCCAUUGACGAGAAAAUGUGAUAGGAGCGAUGAAAAACCAUCGUUGCAGCAGGAAGAUGAUGGCGAGUCUGGUUUUGUGAAUGGAUUUGGUUGGCAACCAGUUGUGUUGGGGUAUGGAUGUGGGUUCAUAAUUGGAGUGUUUAUGGGCUGUGGAAUUAUUCACUAUGAAAGGCCAAGAUGGUUAUUGAAAUUUAUUUUUGGUUGA